AUGUGUAACCCAGACGCGAUCAGCGAUGUUCAUGGUCCAAGGAGCAAGAUUCGGAAAGGCGAGUUCUACGAACAAAUACACCCUGCACAUAGCCUGCAGUUCACUCGUGACCCUGGUCAGCAUAGACAACAGCGCCGUUACUGGGACAAAGCAUUCCAAGUCAAAGCCUUGCAGGAUUACACACCUCGUUUGGUGAAGCAUUACAAAAUCAUCAUAGACAUCUUCACUGCAGAUUCUGCGACUGGCGGACAAAUUAACGUGAGCAGACUGUUCAUGGACCUCUUCUUCGAUGUAGUAUGUGACCUGACGAUCGGCAAGUCUUUCAAUUCGUUGACGACGGGAGAGCGGAACCCAAUCAUUACAGAGUUUCUUGCGCAACAGCAGAGACUCGGCUUCGUAUUGUUGAACAUGUGGAUUUUCCAUUUGAUCAGAUGCAUACCACUGGUAGUGUCGGGUAUUGUCUCCUGGAUACAGUGGCGUACUAGCUCUGGCGUGAGCAGGGACUUACGCGAGAAGUGUUCAUCUCGCAAACGGCAAUGGUAUGCAAACGCCUUGGAGGAGAGGAAACAGAUGCAAAGAAUCCCCUCCGACUUAUACACAUACCUAUCGCAGUCCGACACAUUCGAAUCUGCCGGUGUUCACGAAACUCAGCUGGCCAUUGUAACUGGUGCUGAUACCAACGCGAUUACAGUUUCGAACGCCUGCUAUCUCCUCUGUCAGCAUCCAGAAUACCAACAGAAGAUUUACAAAGAACUAUCAGAUGUGCCCACUCACGAAAUCAUGGUCGAUUAUCGGCAUCUGAUGAGCAAGCAUUAUCUUUUGAGCAUCAUCAACGAGACGUUGAGGCUAUAUCCACCAUUCCCUGGUGGUUUGCAACGUCAGACACCACCAGAAGGCGCGACCAUAGCUGGUCAUUACGUUCCAGGGAACAUGGUCGUCUCAACACUAACAUUUGCACUUCAUCAAAACCCUCGUGCGUUUCCCCGACCAAAUGAUUUCGUACCUGAGCGCUGGACCUCUCAGCCCAACCUCAUCCUUCGCAAAGGCGCCUUCGUCCCAUUUUCCUAUGGAACCUACAACUGCGCUGGGAAACCUUUGGCGAUGAUGCAGUUGCGUAUGGUCAUUGCCAUGUUCGUCAAGAAAUUUGAGCUCUUUUUCGCGCCAGGCAAGAAAAUUGCGUGUGAGCGCUAUAUUCAAGACCAAGCGGACUGUUUCGCACUGCACAUCAACCCAGUGCCGCUUGUGCCCAAAGAGAGAAUCAACCCAAAGCACGUCAUGUAG